UAGAGAUCAGUGGUUGGUGAAGGUUUUACUUGUUUUGAUGAGUAAAUAAGUGCAUCAGCUGACUGUUGUUGAACGGCGUAUAUAAUAAUUAUAUAAAAAACAAUGUACAGAAUAUUCCUUCUGUUAAUUUUCUUUCAAUAUUUUGUGACGAAUUCAAGUGCGGACACCGAAAGACACAUAAAAACUUUAUAUGGCAAUGAUGAUCCUCUGCUGGGAUCAGGAAACUCGGUACAAAUUCAUGCGGACGAGGAUGUUCUAAAUGAAGAGACGAGUGGCAAUCACCGACAAAAAAGAGCAGCGGGCCCAACCACCGAUGGAAUAACGACGAAGAUAAACCACCUCAACGAUACCCAUAAGCAACUGAUGGUGCAUUGGGUGGGUGAAAAAAGUAAAGUGGUGAUAUGUCUGGCCCGCGAUCCGGCACCCAUCAUUCCAUCCUUCACCACUGUCAAUCCGUCAGCCGUCUACAUUUCUUACGAUGAUGGAGACACGUACCAAAACAUGACUGACAGUUUUAAACUGGACAACGGCAGUUACGCCACGUUGGAGAAAUUCUACAAUCACCCGAAGUAUAAUACACACUUUGUUUUCACCGACAUCAGACACAACAUGAUGUACUUGACCACUGACCACGGAAAGAGUUUUAAGAGUGUGAAACUUGAUUUUACACCCUCCGACGUUUCCUUUCACGAGUUGCAACCUUCGACAUUUGUGGUCCUAGAUAAGAACGAUUCUAAUCAGAAGUUCUGGAUAACGGAGGACUUCGGAAAAAGCUUCCGGUUGGGGCACGAGUUUGUUAAGUCGUUUUACUGGAUGAAGGAUUCCAGCGACAACCAGCAGCUGCUGCUGCAACGCUUCGAGCCCAACGGACUGAGCAACAUCAUCUUUUCCAGGAAUCUGUUCAGGAGCAGGGCGUCGCACAUUUACACGACCAACGUCAAGGAUUUCUUUUUCAAAGGGGAUUACUUGUUUACCACCAAAGUUAACGCCAAGGGCGAUACAGAAUUAUACGUGUCCUACAAGUUGGGCAAGCAGCUAUUGUGUGUUUUCAAUUCGGUACAGAAAUUCAGGAGCUACUACAUCGUAGACGUUACCGGUAGCAGGGCCUUCGUCGCCGUCAGUCACUCCGAUGUCUUGUCCAACUUGUAUGUGUCGGAAAAUCUCGGCGGUAACGACGGAGAGGUCAGAUUCACCAUGUCCCUCGAGAACGUUUUCGCGUUUUUCCCCAAUUUGACCUGGCAUGACUCUUGGCUUCAUCACAUCUCGGAAGACGCGUUCGCCGACGUCUACAAAGUGGAAGGCCUGUCCGGCAUCUACAUAGCCUCCAAAGUCAUAUCCAAAUCGAUUUCGAAUGUGGGGCCUCAGGACCUAGCCUCGGUCAUCACAUUCGACCACGGCGCCUCCUGGCGUCCUAUCCAACCGCCCGCCUUCGACGUCGAGAACCAGUCUACCGGUUGCCUGAUCAGAGACAACUGUUCGUUGCACCUGAGCCAGAAAUUCAGUCAGUUACACCCGGAAACGAGAACCGUCACCAUUCUCUCCAGUAAAUCGGCUCCCGGCAUAAUCCUCGCCACGGGAGUCUUGGGCAAGAACCUCAAGGGGCACCACGGGGUGUACAUCAGCUUGGACGCCGGGCUGACUUGGAGGCAGACCCUGAGGGAGCUCUAUUUCUUUAAUAUGGGCGAUCACGGCGGGAUUCUAACGACGGUUAAAUAUUACAAGUCCAAGGGUGAAACUAGGCAUAUUCUUUACUCUAUCGACGAGGGGGAGAACUGGAACAAGACUGUUUUCCAUAACGAGGAGAUGAGGUUGUACGGCUUGAUGACGGAACCUGGGGAGAACAGCACCGUGUUCACGAUGUUCGGGUCGCUGCCAGAGGCUCACCAGUGGAUCAUCGUUAAGGUGGACUUCAAGAACGUGUUCAACAAAACUUGUGCUGAGUCGGACUACAAAAUGUGGUCGCCCAGUCGGACCGAGGAAAACCGCAGCUACAUACCCUGUGUGCUGGGUCAACAGACGACUUACCAGAGACGCAUGCCCCACUCGCUUUGCUUAAACGGUCUCGAUUAUGUAAGACUUGUAUCGAAAGAGACGUGCGACUGCGACGUUUUGGACUUUGAAUGCGAUUUUGGCUUUGUUCGUGUGGGAAAUCCCCCGCACUGCAUCUUCGACAAGACCAUGACUAUCUACGACCCCUACAAGGUGCCCCCCACCUGCAAGGCGGGCCAGUUCUACAACCGAACCAAGGGCUAUCGCAAGAUAGCCGGCAAUGUCUGCGUGGGCGGUUUCGAGUCCCACUAUCUGCCCGAUCAAGUGCCCUGUCCCUUCCAAGAAGUAGACGACUUCAUACUCUUCGCUCAGAAGGAACGCCUCUCGUUGUACAACCUAAAAUCGAAAUCCUUGGAAGAACUGCCCGUUAAGAACUUGAAGAAUGUCAUCGCGACAGAUUUUGACAUGUCGACGAACUGCGUGUACUGGGCCGACAUCGCCUGGGACACCAUAGGCAGGCAGUGCUUCGAGAGCGGCAGCAAGGUCGAGAUUUUGGUUUCAACCGACUUGGCCUCCAUCGAGGGCAUGGCUUUCGACUGGAUUUCGAAGACCUUGUACUUCGUCGAUGGAGUUCGUGCGAAAAUCGAACUGAUCCGAACGGACAUUAACCAUAGCGGUAGAAUGAGGAGGACGAUCCUGGAUUCGAAGACUCUGAGCAAGCCGAGGGGUAUCGCCCUCCACCCGCAGCACGGCUACAUGUUCUGGACGGACUGGUCGGCGGAGAAUCCCUCCGUCAACCGGGCGAACUUGGAUGGCAGCAACAACAUCACCCUGUUCGGCAAGGACAAGGUCGACUGGCCCAACGGCAUCACCAUCGACUACAUCGCCAAUAGGAUAUACUGGGUGGACGCUCGACGGGAUUACAUCGGCAGUUCGGAUCUACACGGCGAUGGUUUCGUCAAGAUCGUAUCCGAGGUCGAGGUGGUGUCUCACCCGUUCGCCAUCGCCGUUUUCAAGCACGACAUGUACUGGGACGACUGGAAACGCAACUCCAUAUUCACAGCCGACAAGGACACGUUCAGGGGUGCCGAGGUCAUCGUCAAACAGCUGACGGGCCUGAUGGAUCUGAAAGUGUUCGCCCACGGGCUCCAGAUAGGCACGAACGCUUGCACGAACACCACCUGCCCUUACAUCUGCGUCGGGAUGCCGAAGAACAAGUAUGCCUGUCUCUGUCCCGACGGGCUCGUCGCCAAGAAUGACAAAUGCUUGUGUCCUGGAGAUGUGGAGCCCCUGGCGAACCUGACCUGUCCGUCGGUAGAGAAGAGCUGCGGCGCAGACCACUUCGCUUGCGGCAACGGCCUCUGUGUCCCCAAGGGGUGGAAAUGCGACGGAGAAGAUGAUUGCGGCGACAACUCGGAUGAGGCGCACUGCGGCAAGGAGACCUGCCCCCCGUCGUUCUUCAUCUGCGGCGACGGGAAGUGUCUGCCACAUUAUUGGAAGUGCGAUUAUGACACCGACUGUGCCGACGGGUCCGACGAAAUGGACUGUCCGAGGCAGAACUGCACCGACGGCCAGUUUGCUUGCGAGAACGGCAGGUGUAUAUCCUCCAAAUGGAAGUGCGACGGAGAGAAUGACUGCAGGGAUAACUCGGACGAGAGGAAUUGCAACGCCGACAGCCCCACGUCAUGUAAAAGCGAUGAAUUCCAUUGUCUGUCGGGGGCCGUGACGUGCAUCCCGUCGACCUGGAAGUGCGACGAUGAGCCGGAUUGUCGGGACGGCUCCGACGAGUCCAAUUGCAAAAACAACACCUGCUCUGAAAUUCAGUUCUCCUGCGGACCCCCCAAUAAUCGAUGCAUUUACAACACUUGGGUGUGCGACGGUGACCAAGACUGUCCGGAUGGAAGGGACGAGCUGAAUUGCACCACCGGUAAACCGGAAGUACCUAGACCCAGCAAUAGUUUCGGAACUAAGAACGGAACUUGCCAGGACUGGAUGUUCAAAUGCAAGAAUGAGCGCUGCAUACCCUUCUGGUGGAAAUGCGACCUGGCUGACGAUUGCGGCGACGGAAGCGACGAGAUCGGCUGUACCCAGAAUUCCCUUGUGCCCACGACGACGGUCGCGCCUACGAAACCCGCCUUCAUCUGCGGAAACAACCAGUUCCAGUGCCCGUCCGGAGACUGCAUCUUCUCCUCGUGGGUGUGCGACGGCAUGCUGGACUGUCCCGGCGGGGAGGACGAGAGACACUGCGACAAAUUCAAGAAUUGCACGGAUUCGCAGUUCCGGUGCAGGAUGGACGGCAGCUGUGUGCCGCUCUCCACCGUAUGCGACGGUGUUUUCAACUGCCCCGAUGCCACCGACGAGCUCGUCUGCGAGAACAACAGCCCCAACAUCCCCGCCACGCCCAGUUGCAGCAGCGGGAUGUUCCCUUGCGACGGCAUCAUCUGUUACCCCCUCAUGCUGCUUUGCGACGGCAAAGAGGACUGCGCCGAUGGCUACGACGAGACCAAUUGCACCAAGAGAUCCAGGGUCUACCAGGUGACGCGCGUCGACUUGGACGAAAGGGGCACGGGCGAGAACUUCCUGAAGGUGUAUUGGGGAGUGUCGAAUUCCGUCGAUGUCGAAUUAGAAUUCCUUCCGUCGAUCAGCGAAGUCGGCAAAACUAACUGGAAGAACGCUACCGAUUGGACCAAGAACUGGUACUUCAAGUUCACUGACCUACGUCCGUUCACCAAGUACAACAUAACCGUCUAUGUCCGUCUGCAAAACACCGUCGAGGUCUUCCCGCCGGCAAAGAAUUUCAUCAUUUCUACGAGCGAGGGCGUACCGUCUGAACCUUGGAAUGUCUCCGUCACCCAGAAGAAUGGAACUGUGGUUCUGGUGUCCUGGAUGAAGCCGAUGCAUCCGAACGGUGUGGUCAACAGGUACGAUAUCGUGUUUGAGGCACCGCACGCGUACGAGACUGUUCUGGAGCUGACGGGCGACGAGACUUCUCACCAGUUCUCAUUCAGCUUCGUCCACAAUGUUACGUACACGUUUUGGGUGGUUGCUCACAAUGGCAAAUACAAAAGCGCCAGGUCCCAACCGGCUACGUUGCUCUACGACGGAGAAACGAUCGUGGGCAACAUCAAGGAAUUGACGCUUCAGAACAUCACAGACGACAGCGUCAGCUUAAGGUGGAAAUACGACGGCGACGCCGACGGCUUCAAGAUGGAAGUCCAUUCCGCCCGACCUUACCCCAACCUGGCACCCAGGAUCACCAAAACCCCGAACAUCACCCUGAAAUUGGCCCCGGGGGCGUAUUACCAAUUCAUGGUGUACGCUUAUAAGAAAAAUCUGGUGGGACCUCCGUCCAUCGUAUCGUUCAUGAAUAAGGGCGUGCCCCUACCGAAGAUAAAUAACCUGCAAAGUAUUCUGGACAAGGAACGGGGUGCGGUGAGGUUAAGCUGGGAGAGACCCAAAUACGUCAAGAAAGUUAACUGGUUGUACGGCGUGUAUUACGGCGUCAAAGAAGAGGAGCUAUUCGAGAAGCCGGCGUUGAUGACGAUCAACGAAACUGCGACGGUGACCAACCUAGACCCUUGCAAGACGUACUUGUUUGGAGUGGGGUUGGUGGGCCCCAUCGGUUACGGACCGCUCUCUUCCACCUUCAAGCAGGUGACCACCUCGAUAAACGAGAAGGCGCCGCCGAACGACGUCAGUGUCGGUCCGGAGGGUACCAAUCCGCUUAGAAUGGUGGUGAAAUGGUCGUCGCCUUGCCCGUUCGCGCAGGCCAAGUACUACGUGAUUAAAGUAGUGGAAAGAACGACCACGCAAACCUGGCACACUGGAGUAAACGGUACCGACCUCUCCCAUGUCUUCAACGUGUCUUACGGCGGCGUGUACGACGUCAGCGUAGCGACCGGUCAAUUUAAAGCCAACUACUCCACCCCCGUCACGUACCGCGCCCCAGCCAUCCAGCCGCCCUUCGAGAUCCAGGUGGUUACGGAAAGCAACGGCAGCUACGUGGUUUACUGGCAGGAAAGGCAACUACCCAAUGCCAUGGGCAAGUACUUCUAUGAGAUCCUCGUACACGAGGGCAACACCCUCAACGAAACCACCGCCCAGAAGUUUACAGUCGACAAACCACCGUUCGUGUACACGAACACGACGGCGAGCACCUACACAUUCGCGGUCCGCAUCAAGACGGCGAAGGGACUGAAAUCGAUGACCUCGGAAUUGCUCAGCAAGCGAGGGGAAGAGGUGCAGGAGGCUUCUACGAACCUGCCGGCCAUCCUGGUGCCGAGUCUGCUGGUUCUGAUAGCGCUGAUGGCGGUCAUAGCGUUCCUGGUGGUGCGGCACAGGCGACUGCAGAGCAACUUCACCAGGUUUGCCAAUUCACACUAUGACACGAGGUCCGAGGCGGCCACCUUCGACGACAGCAGCCUGGAGGAGGAGGAGAGCCCGCAGAUCCGGGGCUUCUCGGACGACGAGCCGCUCGUCAUCGCAUAACGCAACCCGAAAAUUCCGAGAGAUCGAUGAGACUUGCGGUUUGUAUCGGACGUCACCGUUAGUUACCAGGCUUGAAGCUCCCGUCCCGGUACAAAUCUUUCUAGAAGUAUUGCCUAUAUAUAUAUGUAUAUUAAUAUAUUUAAUAUUAACCCUUUAAGUAAAUUUUUAACGAUGUUGUGACAUUUACAAGUUUAUAUAUGCUGUAGCUAGUCUUGGGAAUCGCGGUCUAAGUCGCAAGAAUAGAAAUUUGGUUGUCAUUUAUGUAAUUGUGAAGAGAGCGAUUCGUGCCGGUUGUAUUUACACAUAUUUUCUAUCCACCCGUUAGUGAAUGUUUUUUCGGUUGUAGAACCAGGGGAUCUUAUCGUAUUUUUCUAUUUUCAUAUGGUAUGAUUUUAAUUUAGUGCCGUUGUCUGUAAUUUAUGUGCAGAAGUACAUCUGAUGUUAUAUUUUUUAAGUCAAAUUUCUGUGAUACUUUUGCUCAGUUAAGUUUUUAGAUUUUUGAAUAAAGGAAUUUGACUGUGAACUGUUACGUGUCUAUAAAUAAACUUCUUGGAAAAUAAA